GGUUGGAAUCAUUGUGAGCUUACCCUAACACCCUCGGAACCUCUGUGGCUCUGUCUCCCUCAGUUCUCAGACUCAAAAUUCUCUCCUCUCUCACUGCCUAGCCCACUAGAGUCUCUCUCAAUCUCACUCGAGUCUCGUCUCAGUCACACUCGCCGGCGUCUCGUUGUUCAUCUUGUCGACGUCUCGCGGCCUUCCUCGUCGUCUCACUCGAGUCUCGUCCCUGGGCUCAUCGUCGCCGGCGGCAGAGGCAACUCGUGGGGUCGUGGCUUGCUUCAUCGUGUCCCGUGAGGUCGUCGUCUUCUGGUUUCUGUUCGUCGUCAUCGCCGUGGACCGUUGCUUUCAGGCUCAGGGAAGAACCAGAGGAAGUAGUAUGCACAGUUGAGGAAUGGGGUUGAAGAAAAUGCUCAGACCAAUAGCAACAUCACUACACCUACCGUCGCCGCACCCACUCUCUCCUCUUCCAAACCCUCCUCUCCCAUCUCCGCCGCCAGAUCCCUCCCUCCCCCCGCCACCACCAACACUCACAGUGACCCCAAUCCCCAACUCCCAAUACCACCGCCUCCUCAACUUUCUCAAGACCCAUCUUUCCCCACCUUUCACCCCAGAAUCCCUCCUCCAUUUCCUCAAAUCCAAGCUCCACCACCACCCUUCCUUUUCCCACUACGAUUUCCACGUCUUCACCUGGGCCUCCUUCAUCGACUCUUUCCGCCACACUCACUCCACUUUCCAUUGGAUGGCCCAAACCCUAGCUCUCUCCCACCGCUUCCACCACCUCCGCAUCCUCCUUGAUUUCAUUGCCUCCAACCCUUGUCCCUGCUCCGACUCCAUCUUCUCCUGCCCCCACACCGAAUCCAUCUUCCGCUUCGCCAUCCAUGCUUACUGCAAAGCCGGCAAAUUGGACGAAGCUGUCUCCUCGUUCCGUUCCAUGUGCAGGUUGAUCGACGGUAGGCCUAAUGUUGCAGUUUGUAAUAUCAUAAUUCAUGGAUUUGUGAAAUGGGGAAUGCUUGAUAGGGCUCUGGAGUUUUAUGAUGAGAUUGUUAGGGUUAGGAUUAGGCCUGAUUUGUUCACUUUUAACAUCUUGAUCAGUGGUUAUUGUAGGAAUUUGAAGUUUGGGUUGGCAUUGGAGAUGUUCAAGGAGAUGAGAAAGAUGGGGUGUGAGCCAAAUGUGGUUACUUUCAACACUUUGAUUAAGGGGAUGUUUAGGGAGGGGAAGGUUGAGGAAGGGAUUGGGAUGGCUCAUGAGAUGAUUUAUUUGGGGUGCGAGUUCUCCAAUGUCACUUGUGAGAUUCUGGUUCGAGGACUUUGCGAGAAAGGAAAGGUUUUGCAGGCUUGUGAGAUGUUAGUUGAUUUCUCCAGAAAGGGCGUUUUACCUAAAGGGUAUGAUUAUUUUGAUUUGGUGGAUGCUCUGUGUGGGAAUGGAGAUGUUGAUAGAGCAUUGAGGCUAAUUUAUGAGUUGUGGGAGAAAGGAUGUGUGCCUAGCUUGAUUGCUUGCAUUGUGAUGAUUGAUGGGUUGAGAAGAUCGAGGAAGACUAAAGAAGCUUGGAGAUUAGUGGAAAAGAUGCUUAAAGAGGGUAUGAUACUGGAUGUUAUUACUUUUAAUUUUGUGCUUCAGGAUAUUUGCAAAGUGGGAAGAACAGAGGAAGCAAAUAAAUUAAGAUUGCUUGCUUCGAGCAAGGGUUUGGAACCAGACGACAUGACAUAUAAAAUUUUGGUUAAUGGAUACACAGGAGAAGGCCGGAAAAUGGAGGGAGAGUCAGUGGUGAAUGAGAUGUUGGAUAGGGGAUUCAUACCUGAUCUUGCUUCAUAUAAUGAAUUGAUGAAUGCACUAUCCACAUGUCAACGACACUCCACCCCCGGUCAGCCUAACAAACUUGACCACACAUAAUACAAGUGUUCAAGGUUUAACUUGGUGUUCAAUUAUAAUUGAAGCCUAGGAUAAAUGAUAUAUGAAUGAUUGAGAUCUUAAUAUGAAGAAAAAAACUUAAGGUGAUUAAUGAGAGUUGUCAUCCAUCAUGUGAAGUCAGCUGGAGCACGAAUUAAGUUAAUCCGCAAAGUCUUCUCUGAAGAUGGUCCGUACUCAACUUGCAUCCUCUUAGCCUAUUUGAUUAUAUUACAAGAUUAUAGAUUCAAAUGGAAUUGUCCCUGUUACACAAGACCUAAAUCCUUUGAAUUACAAGACAUUAUUUUAACUGUAGGAGGAUGUCCUAUUGGAUCUAAUAGCAAAAUAGAAGUGGUGAUGUGGGUGCCAAUGUGCCAUCACAUAACCCCGGCUAAGGACCUGGGGAGAUAUUUUUGGAGGUAUGCGCUGUGAUUCUCAUAUUUGAAAGGGAAUGCUGAAGUUGAAAAGACAAUCCAAGCUAGGCAGCAGACACUAGUGGUUGCUGAGUACUUUGGAUAAUUGCAAUACCAUUACUUAAGUAUUGCCGUGUUUCUCUAUCUUUCCCAAAUUGUGUAAAUUAACAUUGCUACAGAUAGGAUUAGGAGGAGUAAAAACCACAGGACAAUACCAACACCUUGAGAGGAAACAAAAAUACCAGAUCAAUAGCAUCUUCAUCAUCAUGCUACAAGUUGAAAGUGUAGCAAGACGACAUACAGUAUGUGUUUCUAAUAAGAUCAUGGUUCUGAAAACCGAAUCGGAUCGGCCGGUUCAACCGGAAAAACCGGGAACCGGUCACCUAACCGGUCCGGGU